AUACCGUACAGUACUUAUUACCUUAGGCAAUUAUCACAUGCAUCUAUCGCAACCUUUCCAUUGAGAAGAAUACCAUCCACUUAUCGAUACAGACAGAAUAUCGAUAAGCCAGCUGCAGCCGCGUUUGACUUCCCAGCUUCCAAACCCCCAAGCUCCAUUAUCAAUCUUCAUUGUUACAAUUUCAACAUCGAAACAACUAUACCCCCCAGCUAUCACCUACCUACCUCCUUCGCACCCCUCAUCAGCAUCAAUACGAAACCAUGGCGACCUCUCAUUUCGGCCUCCUAGAGGAGCGAGAAGAAAAUGAGCUGCAUAAAAUCCGUCUCCUCAAUGUAGAAGAGAAGCCCUUCAAGCGCCUUACCAAACGCCUCAUCGCGCCCGGCGCCUUCACGAGUCCCGGGAAGCUGCCCACACCUCCCCCCGACGGCACCAACGAUGCCGAAGCAAACGCAUCACCGGCAAUUGAUAUCAGCGCGCUAAAAGAAGACAUCAUGCUAGACUUCGAAGCGUUCGACGCGCAGAUCCUACGACUACAACUUCUGGGAACGGCGAACGUGCAGGAGCGCGAACGAUACGCGGCGGAUAGGAUUCGCAUCCUGGAGACGAUGGAGUCGGUGCGGGAGGGCAACGCGCGGCUGAAGGCGCAACUCGAUGAGGCGCGCGCGACACUCGCCCAGCGCCGCAAGUUCGACGAGCUAGCCGACCGCAUCACGAAUAACCGUAUGUUGCGCCCGCGCGCGGAGCAGGCCACCAACCUGGCUAAAUUGGCCGAGGAGUGUGAGGACUUGCACCGCGAGAGCGAGACGUAUGGGGCUACAUGGCGAGACCGCCGCGAGCAGUUCGAGCGUCUGGUUGAAGAGGGUAAGAGGCUACGUGCUUUGAUCCGAGACGAGAAAGAAGAAGUGGAGCGCAGAGAAGGCAUGGAUUCGGAUGCGGAGGAUGGAGAGGCUGCCGCUACACCUGGUAAGGGCGGGCUUGUCAGCGGGAACAAUACGCCACAUCCUGAUAGCGGUGCUGUCUCUGGAGGUGGAAGAACCCCGAGACCUGACAGUCCUGGUGCCGGAGGCCCUGCCGGGUUGAAGCCGCGACUCGAUGUUAGCGGAACUUUUUCACGAGCAGGGAGCCAGGCCCCGAGUCAACGGGCAGGAAGCCAAAAUCCGAGAGAAGAGCCGGAAGAGGGUGAGGAUGUCGAGAUGGGCGAGUCGACGCAACAGAACCAACAAGCUGAUACCCCUAUGGCGGAAGAUGCAUCGCAGACACCCCAGAUUACGGUCGAGGCGCCUGGUGCUGGUAAUGGCGAUAGCAUGGAUAUAACAUGAACGACAUUACGGACCGGAGAGGAGGGAAUAUGCACUUAUGGGUGGGACCAGUAGUCUUGUAGUUCAUCUUGGAGUUAUCAUCUAUGAUAGUCCAUUACGCACAUCCGUGUUACAGGAGUGGAGGAAGUAUACCCAGCGAGCAAAAUGGCACAAGACUAGACUAAUAGAGAGGGGAGGGGGAUGAUCGAUUAUCGAUUUUAUGCUACUCGGGUAGAUC